GUGAAAUGCAGUGUGAUAAAGGACACGUCAGCUGCUUGAAAUUUGCCUACUCGGACUCUGGCAGUUACGACGUAAAAGAAGGGCAAACUCCAAGUGAGCACAAGUAGAACCCCAACAAUUCCUCAGACAGCUUCAUCGUGGAAGGUAGCCAACAUCAUUGUCAUUGUCAUUGGAGACAAGGCUGACUAUUUCCUUUUGCUGAGGAAAAGAAAUGUACAUGUGUAGGAACUACUGUAUGAAAGCGAACACAGCCUAAAGUUGGAUUUGCACUUGGAUUACUUGGGAAGUGUAAGGAUCAUUCACAUCAUCCUGCUAAGAAUCAGAAGUCAACCCAGCAUUAAUGUCACCAGCUUCCACAGGGGAAGUCUUCUCACCGUCUGGCUAAUGACUGUAUGAUACGCUCGUUGUGUCACUGGACCCGUUCUUCUGACGUCGUCGGGACGUCUAACUGUCAUCUCAUGCUGGAUGUGGGAAUGUUUAGUCAUAGCUAGGUCAUAACACCUGGGCUUCACAGGUGUAGGCAUUCCCUCGUGCUAGCUGUGUGGGCAACACGUGACUAACCAUCCAGUCAUGCUGAUUCGAGUCUAAAGACUGAACAAGGGAACUUGGCAGGGGAUGGUUAACCUCUUCUGCUCUUUAGCUAACAUCUUUCUUUGUCACAAGGAGAAGCAGGAGGAAGUACAGUACUUUCCCUUUUGCUUUGAGUUAACGUACAUGUUUGACAACCUAGAGUGGAGCUUCAUUGUGCUCUACAAGUGAUUCAGUAUUGCUUUCUGUGUGUUUCAGAUGGUUAUAGAGAUGUCAUUUUAAUAACAGAUUGUGGAGCGAUCACGAAAGCCUUGAGGAUCAGGCAGCGCACCAAUGGUCAGACUCUGUGAUUCAAUGUGAUAUUGCUUUGACCUCACCAAGGAAUUGGUCCAAUCCGUUUAUCAGAGGAUGGGCUGUGAAGCACUAGUUCCCUUGAUUUAGAAAGUGACAUUUUGGACAAGAACUCCAGUAUGGAUAUAAAGAUAGCUGUACAGGAGAAACUGAACACUGCUGCAGGAGAGCAAUGCAUAGACUAUUUGGAAGGCACACUUGUACCCGACUGGUUACAGGGCAAGCGGUUGCUAGCCCUCGUCCAUUGCCCAACUGCAGCAAGAGGAGUCGGAGAGCAAGGACUGCUGAUUUUCACCAGACCUGACAUUAUAAAGCAGAGUAGUGACCUCACACUCGUUCGUGCACUACCAAUCAAGGGGGAUUUCAGCUACACAAUAGCAUGGCCCUCUUCAGAAACCCUAGCCAAGGAUCAGGCCGUGGUGAGAGCGCACAUCAAGGCUGCAGGAACCAAUCUGGUGAUGGAGGUCCCCUUCGCUCAGCCCUCCUCCUUCUUCUUUAACAAUGUGAAGAAAUCAAUGGCAGCCUGCCUUGAGAAGGUGAAGCAGGGCAUCGUCCCCCAGUUCUUCUGGAUGCAGCGGUACCAGCUCCAGAUCAAAGGGGCUAGCGCUCAGCCGACCCCUGACCUUCUCAAUCUCACCUCCUCGACCACGCCCACGUCCACAGACCCCUUCGGGAUGACAUCCUUUGCCCCCCUCACGUCACCCAUCUCCCCCCACUCUACCCCUGUGCCAUCCUCCACCUCCACUGCCAGUACUAACCCCUUCAUGUCCCAUGCUAAAACAAUGCCCCUCCUGGAUGUGGGGGGCGUGAAUGCACCCCCUCCUCCGUCCAUGAACCGCGUCACCUCUGACCCGGUGCUGCACGGUUACGUCAACCUCCAAGCGCAGAGUGAGCUGGCUUCGGAGCACAAUCUACUAGACAGUACUGAUGCCAGGGCCCCGACAACAAAAAUGGUCCAUCCCAAGCCCCCAUCAAUUUCUUCAACAUCAGAAGCAUGGAGAAUAUCACAAGACUUUGGUAAUAAUGCUGGUGGUUCAUCGUCUUCUUCAACAUCCUCAUCUUCCUCUUCAUCAUCCUCUUCAUCCACAUCUAGUGUGGACAAAGUAGGUGUGCCAGGGACUGAGUUUGAGGAUGGCUUUGCCAGUCUGAAUUUAGAACGCAAUGGUAGCUUGCCUAUACGGGACAAUCACUUUCAAGAAGACCAGCAGGAUGCCAGAGGAAGCACCUUCUACACCAACUUAGAUGGACACGCCUUCACAGCGGAACCUAGGACAUCCCUCAUGGGCUCACAACCUGAUAUAGAUACGCUGGGCUAUGCAUCAGUCAAGCCCUUCAAACCAGUCGGCAUCAGAGAAGAGAUCCUCAAAAGAAGAGAAGCAGAAUACACAUUUCCACAUGAUUUCAGGGCCUUUGUUGGGACAUGGAACGUGAAUGGUAAGGGAGCGACGGAGGACCUGAGAAACUGGUUAGCCGCAGACCCGAAGCCUCCCGACAUGUAUGCCAUAGGGUUCCAGGAGUUAGACCUUAGCAAGGAAGCAUUCCUCUUCAAUGACUCCAUCAGGGAGGAGGAGUGGCAUAAACGGGUCAUCAUGUGUCUCCAUCAAGAUGGCGUCUAUAUUAAGCUGAAGUUGAUCCGUCUAGUUGGUAUGAUGUUACUGGUAUUCAUUCAAGAGAGGCACUAUCCCUACAUUGAUGAGGUCAUAGCUGGGACGGUCGGUACAGGCAUCAUGGGCAAAAUGGGCAAUAAGGGGGCCGUGGCGGUGCGAUUCAACUUCCACAACACCUCCUUCUGCUUCAUCAACUCUCAUCUGGCGGCCCACAUGGAGGAGUACGAGAGGCGGAACCAGGACUACCACGACAUCUGCGCCAGGAUGAAGUUUGAGAGGGAGCAACAUCAACCCCUCGGCGUCAUGCAGCAUGAUGUUGUGAUAUGGAUGGGAGAUCUCAACUACAGAAUCAACGAUCUUGCUGUGGACACUGUCAAAACUCUUAUAUAUAACAACAGCUUCAAGGAGUUGCUCAUGCAAGAUCAGCUGAACAGACAGAGGGAACUCUCGAGGGUGUUCAAAGGCUUUGACGAGGCUCCUAUUGGUUUCCUUCCAACCUACAAGUACAACUCUGGUAGCGACGAGUGGGAUUCAAGUGAGAAGCAGAGGGUACCAGCCUGGUGCGAUCGCAUCCUUCACCGUGGAGCCUGCAUCGUCCCUAAGGUCUACCGGAGCCACAUGAAGCUCAGACUGAGUGAUCAUAAACCAGUCAGUGCUCUCUAUGACAUCGGGGUGAAGGUGGUGGAUGAGAAGAAGUUCCGUGAGGUGGUAGAAGAAGAGAUCAGGAAACUAGACAGGCAAGAGAACGAGGCCCUACCACAGGUUACGUUGGGUAGAAAUGAGCUGAAGCUUGGUGAGCUGCGCUUCAUGGAGGAGAGAGUGGAGAUGGUUGAAGUAGCCAACACCGGUCAGGUCAAUACAAUGGUGGAGUUUGUAGCCAAGCUGGACGAUAAGUCAUGCUGUAAACCAUGGCUCAAGGUUGAGCCGCAAUCAACAUUCAUGAUGCCAGGUGACAUGAUAGAGGUGAAGAUGACAGCCUUUAUUGAUAAGAACACAGCAUCAGCAUUCAAUGCAGGCACAGACACUGUAGAGGAUAUUCUCAUACUACAUCUUGAGAAUGGCAAAGACUACUAUAUCACAGUAACAGGUAGCUACAGACCUAGUAGCUUUGGAGCUUCUCUGGAAGGCUUAGUAAGGAUGCAUGAACCCAUACAUGAAAUGUCGGCGAGUCAGGUGGUCGCUCUGGAAACCAACUUGCUUACCAAGCAGAAGGCUUCAAGUGCUGAUUUCCAGAGCUAUGACAUUCCUAAGGAGAUCUGGAUGCUCGUGGAUUAUCUCUUCAGAAAUGGAAUUCACAAGGAGAACCUGUUUGGUCAGGAGGGUCUACACUCAGAGGUACUAGCCAUCAGAGACUUCCUAGAUACAGGCUUUCCGGAGGAGAUUCCUGGGAGUAUCCACUCCGUUGCAGAGUCUCUCCUGGUAUUCCUGGCUAGUCUCAAGGAACCAGUCAUUCCCAACAAAUUCUACCAGAAAUGCCUGGAUGGUGCCAACAACUUCACUUUGUGCAAGCAGAUCAUGAAGCAGCUACCAAGAUGUCACAGGAAUGUCUUCAAGUACCUGACAGCAUUGAUCCGUGAACUACUCAUGCACAGUGAUGACAACAGACUAGAUGCCAAAACAUUAGCAACAAUAUUUGGUGAGCUCUUCCUCCGCUGCCCACCAGAAGACAAAGAAAGGGAAGAUGCGGCCGUGAGGAACAGGACAACAAACAGACAGCAGAUCACACGCAAGAAGGCCACCUUCGUAUACCAGUUCAUCAUCAACGAGUACGACGAUUGAGGUCGUCAUCGAGACCAUCAUUGUCUUCGUCAUCACCAUCAUGAUCAUCAUCACUUGACCAAUCUACAGGGCUUUUCCAAAUCCCUGAUCACUUCAUCAUUACAGCUGACAUGGAUUGUGUCGGUAGUGAGGAUGGACGUUGCUCAAACAUUUGCUCCAGUGACAAUGGCUGUAGGUCUUAUUUCAUCAAAAGGUGUACCGGGUAGGUUAGGGUUAGGGUUGAAUUUGGCUUCAAGGUAACAUGUAGGGUUAGGUAUAGUGUUUGGGCCAGGGUUGAAGUUGGAUUGCCAGUUCUUACAGGAUAUUGAUCACUGAACUGUUGUUGCAGGAGCUUGUGUCAUUAAACAGGCAAAACAAUUAACCCACUAACAUCUACAUUUUGCUAUGUGCACAUAACCGGUUACAAGAAACUACAAGUCUAUAAAUAGCACCAUAGGAUUUAAGCUAGAAUGAAUUAGCUUCCCACAAUAGCACAUUGAUUUUGAUACAGAAUUUCAAACUGAGUGAAUUUUGAACUAAUGUACGCAAGAUAUCAUGGUGCAAUUAUUUGCUUUGAAGGUAUAGGGGCACUUACACGCAGUUCAGGAAGAGCAUUUUUUUAUUUACUGCAGGAUCAUUGAAAUCAUUAUAAUAUCUUAUCUGUCCAUAUGAUUGCAUUAAUGACUUGAACAGGUGAAUCAUACUUAUCAUCUAAAGUUGAUAAUAUUUUGUAGAAAUCUAACUUGGUAUUAAAGGUAGGUUAAUAUAUAUUGCUAUUGUGUGUGAAAUAUAGGGGGUAUUUUGGGGUCAUACGUGUGGUAUGGGUAACAUAUAUUCUUAUAGAAAGAAUCAAGAACGGCAAGUCACAAGUACUUACGUACUCAUCGUGAUGUUGCUGCAUUCUAAAAAAAGGUAAGAUGUCUACUAAUAAUAUCAGAGUGCAUUUCUCUAUCAUGAUGGAAAUGCUUUGUAUUGUCGUUAUGUUUAAAGUGAGAUCUCAAUGAAGCAUAAUAAAUGUUUUGUUUUUUUUCAUUCAUGUCAAGGCUAUGUUAGAUUAUAACUUUGCUGUCAAAUUGAGAUGAUGGGCUUAAGUUACUUAAUUCAGAAAUUUAUUUUCAUGAUAAAGUCGCAUGUUUAUAACCAGAAGGGCAUUAACCCGUUGGCUAAUGAAUUAUCUAAUUCCCAUAGACUUAACAAAGGGACCACAAGGUUCCAGUAAGCAAUGGGUUAACUCUUACACGUUAACACAGAGUUACAACUUUCUGAGUCUCAAACAGAUAGAGUAUAAGAACUAUUGGAGGUUAUUGAUUGUAGACAAUUGCUCAAUGUGCAAUGUGGAAAACUGUGUGCUCCUUAUUUAGCAAUAGAGCAAAACCUUUCUUUGAUCAAGAUCAUAUUUGGUUUGCCAAAUGUGUUACUGAAAUGUGUUUCUAAAACACGCCGCAUGGCAAAUUAGAAUAUUCAUAGAAAAAUAUUUUUUUCUGAAGCUCAAAUUGUUCAUUUGUCCCUGGUAUAGACUGAAUACAUUUUUUUAUAGCAAAACAUAACAAAAUGUUUCUUAGCCACAGUUAUAGACAAGUGUAACAACUACAGCAUACUUUGCAAACAUUUUAUAAUAUCUUUUUUAGACAUUUUUGUUGUUGUUCGAACUCCGUCACAAUUUAUUUUGAAUUUGUUUUGUGCUGACGGAUUUAUUUGUGGGGAUUCAUCUAGGAAUCACAUGUAAUUUAGAGUUUAUAAGGAUACAUGAAAGGUGUAUGUAAACCUAUUAGUUUGGUGUAAGUCUGGUGGCUUUACUUCAUGCUGGCAUUAUCAUUGACUAAAAAUACUGACACAACAACGACGUAUCCAGGGGAUCCAGUUACGCAAUAUAAAAACGUUUGACAAGCAAAAAAACAAGGUGAAUGGGGUCUGAACCUGGUUGAACCCAAUAUAUCCUGGCACGAGUCCUAGUUGCCAAUCAGAAAUUGAUCAACUGUGGAUGAAUGGCAAGUUGUAUUGUUUAGUCAGUAUCUCUUUUGCAUAGCACCAUCACACUGCAUUGAAUGCUUGUUUCUACCUGGUUAGGACGUUGUCCAUUCAUAGCCAAUCUGGCUCCCAACAGGCGUUAUAAGGUCUUACUGCUUCUAAUACCAUCUUUACACUGAAAUUCUGUGUGGAGGGUCACCCUCAAGAUGAUGCAUGAAAGUUUUAUCAAACAAAAUAUAUUAUCUAAUUAUUCAGUACUAUCGAGAGUAAAGUUUAUUUUCAGUGUAGAUCAGAUAGUAGACUAUUAGAUAUGCUAUAUAUAUUUCUAAUAUUUAUUUGUGAGCAGCAGGCUUGGUAGACAUGGUUUUUCACAAGUUUUCAAAAAAAAUUGAGUUUGUAUGACAAUUAGAGACCAAAAGAAUUUGACCAAGAGGACCAUUCUUUGGAUAAUCAGUUACUCAAGGAAUAAACUUGAGUUUAAUUCAGGAUAAGGCUGUUUUUCUAUUUUUUUUUAAAUUUUUUAUAAAGUUGUAUAUGACAAAGGUCCUGUAGAACAGUGAGGAAAUGAGGACUUUUAGAUUUGCGUGGACUGGUAUGUGUGACGUCCAUUCAAGGCAGUGCAUUAAAAGGACGUUGAUCGUAGCAAUCCAUGUUGUCGUUCAGCAAAUCUAAAAGUCCCUAUUAACUCAUAAUCUGCAACUUUACUUUGAAUCUGUAGUUACAGCUACAUGUAUGAGGUUUUGUUUUCUUUGAUCACCAGAACUCAGAUUGAGACAUUCAGAAUAAAGCCUCAACAAGAUAUGCCGCAAUUAUUUUUUAUGAAGACGUUAUUAAAGUGUAAUUUUUUUUUUUUUUUUUUUUUUUUGGGGGGGGGGGGUUUAACAUACCACACCUAAACGGGCCUUUAAGGGGAGCAGCCAUAAUUGUGCUUGUUUUAGCUUGUGUGUCCUGGUGGGGCAGACUCAAAAGAUAUUACUUUGGUUCCAUGGGAUAUCAUAAAGAUGAUACUUAAAUAAAUUGACUUUUAUGGUGAUGCCUAAUAUGAUAGGCAGAAGCAUUUUCAUGUCUUUGAUAGGUUAAUUUCGAAUUUCAAUGAGGUUAGGUAUAAAGAUAUUUGUAUGUUACUCGCAAUGAUGUGAUAAACUAAAAGUAGAAAAUAUAUAAUUUUAAAUCUUCCAGACAUUCAGCUUAAUGUAUUUUGCUGCUUAAGUAGACUGUAUCAUCAUAAAAUGGUUCAAGUUAGAGUUGUAUAUAUUUGUAAAUACUGAUAGAUGAAAUAAUCUUGCCUCUAUGAUCACACAUCAAUUUAUUCCUUUUUUUAACAGACAUAAACACAAAAACAUUUGUGAUCAAUUAUGAAACAGAAGGCCUCAAACCAUGAGAGGUCUGGUCUUGGUUUAAUUUCAAAUCGAUUUAUUGAAAUUAUAUUGUGUGAAACAUAAGAAAACAUAUUUACCAAUAUAGAAUGUAUGCAGUAGUACUGUAUUAAAAUUGUUAUUGUAGUUUACAAGUGGUACUAUUUCAUAUGGAUAUAAAGCUGUGUUAUAAAUGAUCCGAGUGAAAUUAUAUAAUAGAAUACGAGGUACAUACAUGUAGGAUGAUCUCUUACAAGAAUUGCUGUAAUUUUGUGAAGAAUAUAGGAAGCUGGAACUGCCUUUAUGUACCUGUAAUAAACUUGCUAUGAAUCAAAUCAUC